AUGUAUGUCAUUAUUGUAUUACUGAUACUUUCAUGUAAAAGUCAUUGUCAAUAUAGAUUAACCUGGAAUUGCCCAAAUACGUACAUUAUCUUAUAUAAUGCGCUUUAGUAUUUAGAUUCCAAAACAAAAUUUCUAGUCCCUUUAAAUCGAAAGUAAUAAAAUGGAUCUUGCAAAUAAGAUGUGCAACCUAGAAUGUCUUAAGAACGAAGCCCCUGUGGCUGAGUUUGUUGGUCCAGUCAAAAUUGUCCUUGUGGACCCCCCACCAAGGCUAUACAAGCGGAGAGUGUGGGGGUCAGCCCUCAUUGUCGUGGCACACAUGAUGAUCGGGGCCACAACAAUGACCUUAUUCUAUUAUUCUUUAGCUUUCAAACUGAAAUUUGGUGCAAAUCUGCAUAUUUUUUUAUGCACUGCUGGGUAUCAAUUAUGCCUGCCUUCAGGAAUACUAAUGGUCAACAAUUUGAAUGGUGCCGCGGCACCAAUGAAAACACAAGAGAAAAGAACUCAACACUUAUUCUUGCAAAUAUUUGGGAUGGCCUGUGCCAUUUUUGGCUCGAUCGCGGUUUUCUUCUUCGAUGAGUUAUCCUUAUCAGAAUUUACAAUUCAUUCUUUAACAGGCAUAGCUGCAGGCAUUCUCGGUAUUCUGACAGUCGCUCUCGGACCAAUAGUACAUUUUACGAAGGACACCGCACAUGGAGUAUCGAAGUUGCCCCACAUAUUCUUCGGUGUAUUAACUUUAAUAUCAUCGACGCUGUGCUUUGUGUUGGGGUUGAUAAAGCCUCAGUUUUCAUCGUGGGUUCCUGUCCCCGAGAUGCUGACGUGCACAAUUAUAUUUGGUGUGAUUGCCACCAUCAUUGUUAUUGUCUCACCUCUUAUAUCGUUUUUAGACAAUUGUGGAUUUUGAUUUUGUUAUUAAAUAUUUACUAAUAUUU